AUGGGCAGAUUUCGACUUCUUCCCAUCACUGUCGAUGCCACCGAGAGUGGCGUCGAGCCCCUUGAGGCAACACAGGGGUCGGACGACGGGGAUGCCUGGAAGGCACACUGCUAUACCCUGGUGAGCGCGCUCACCCAUGGGGGAUUCAUGACUGAAGUGAAAUGGCGGACCACCCCCGACGAGCCCCGCUCGGUGACCGAGGAUCACUGGAAGGCCGAGUGUCAGCGCGCCCUUGUACGUGCCUUCACCACCCUCCAGAAAUGGCGCCCGGACUUGGACGAGCUGUACGGAUACAUCCUGCGGCCUGACACCAGACAAGUCCAGCUGUAUCGGCAACUGAAGCCGACCGGAGAGUUGAGGGGGGUCAAGCUUGACCUCUUUACGUACGAGGGAAUGGAUACGUUUGUUGAUGAAAGUGACUUCAAUUCUACCUGUCACGUGGCCUGGUGGCAUUCGGAAGUAGACCGCAAGAUUCCCAACUGGGACCACGACUUUGGGCGUGGCAGCAAGCGGCCGCGCCCGGCGAUCGGGGGCAGUGACGAACGGAUGGACUUGCAAACCAUCCUGGAGGAAUAUCUCAACACCGAGACCAAAUUGGUGCAGUUGGAGCUCUUGCUGAAAGCAGCAGUGGCUGCGGAUCUCGGGCAGACAGGAUGA